GAAAAGUCAAUUUAUCAACAUUGGCGUUUCGGCGGCUAGAGGGAAACACCAUGGGAGUUUUCAUCUACUCCGGCUUCGUAUAGGAUAUAGGCGACGAUGCUCCUCCACAUUCAUCACCAACUCAGCACUGUCGUCACUCCUCUCGCAGCCUUUCGCCCCACCUAAGUCAAAAAGCUUCCAUAAAAAUAUCCAAUUCUUUGGGUCUUUAAGCUUCUCAGAUCUCUAAGCCUACUUGAGAAAGUUUAGCAAACAGGGGAACAGCUUGUUUUGAUGAGAUGAUUCGAUUACCAGAGAGGUUUAGAGCGUUUUUUAACAACAGAUGGCUGGUGUUUGUGGCCGCAAUGUGGAUACAGUCGUGUGCCGGAAUUGGGUACUUAUUUGGGAGUUUAUCGCCGGUGAUUAAGAGCUCUCUCAACUAUAAUCAGAGGCAGAUUGCAAGGUUGGGUGUGGCUAAGGAUAUCGGAGACAGUGUUGGGUUUUGGAUUGGGAGCUUGUGUGAGAUUUUGCCUCUGUGGGCUGCUCUGCUCAUUGGUGCUUUGCAGAAUUUAAUUGGGUAUGGGUGGGUUUGGUUGAUUAUCACUCAUCGAGUUCCAACUCUGCCCUUGUGGGCUAUAUGCAUUCUCAUAUUUGUGGGAACAAAUGGUGAGACCUACUUCAAUACGGUGGAUCUGGUUUCCUGUGUGCAAAAUUUCCCAAAGAGCCGGGGGCCCGUGGUUGGAAUAUUAAAAGGCUUUUCUGGGUUGAGUGGCGCCAUUCUGACACAGAUAUAUACCAUGAUCCAUUCCCCUGAUCACGCAUCCCUCUUAUUCAUGGUUGCAGUGGGUCCAACAAUGGUAGUUUUUGCUCUAAUGUUCAUUGUGAGACCUGUUGGAGGUCACAGACAAGUCCGGCCAACUGAUGACUUAAGUUUCACAUUCAUCUAUGGUGUCUGCCUCGUUUUGGCUGCUUAUUUGAUGGGGGUCAUGCUUCUUCAAGACCUAGUUCACUUAAGCCACACAGUGGUCACAAUUUUUACAGCAAUUUUGUUUGUCCUCGUUUUGGUACCAAUUGUGAUUCCUGUGUCAUUGAGUUUUCCCUCAGAGCCAAAAGCUCCUGAACUAGAGGCUCUUCUAACAGAGCCACAGAAAGAAGAACCUGGCAAGUCCGAACAGGAUGCAACUGAGGUUAUAUUUAGUGAGUUGGAAGAUGAGAAGCCUAAGGAAGUAGACUUGCUUCCAGCAUCAGAAAGGCAAAAACGAAUUGCCCAUUUGCAAGCAAAACUGUUCCAAGCAGCUGCAGAAGGAGCUGUGAGGAUCAAGAGGAGGAGGGGGCCACGUAGAGGGGAGGACUUUACCCUGAUGCAGGCUUUGAUUAAGGCGGACUUUUGGCUUAUCUUUUUCUCACUUCUAUUGGGUUCUGGAUCUGGUUUGACAGUGAUUGAUAAUUUGGGACAGAUGAGCCAGUCUUUAGGAUAUGAUAAUACACAUAUAUUUGUAUCCAUGAUCAGCAUUUGGAAUUUUCUUGGUCGAAUUGGUGGAGGUUACUUCUCUGAGAUGAUAGUCAGGGACUAUGCUUACCCACGGCCAGUGGCCAUGGCAGUGGCCCAAGUUACAAUGGCACUUGGACACUUAUUCUUUGCUAUGGGAUGGCCCGGGUCACUGUACAUUGGUACUCUAUUGAUUGGGCUUGGUUAUGGAGCCCACUGGGCAAUUGUGCCAGCUGCUGCCUCUGAGUUGUUUGGCUUGAAGAACUUUGGGGCUUUAUACAAUUUUAUCAAUCUUGCAAAUCCUACAGGUUCACUAGUGUUUUCUGGUGUCAUUGCUAGCAGUAUAUAUGAUCGAGAAGCGGAGAAACAAGCUCAUCACCACCAUCACCAGCAGCAGAACAUGGGAUCAAUUUUCUCUGGCAUGCUUAGUGUGGAUGACCCUCCAAAAUGUGAAGGUUCCAUAUGCUUCUUUCUCACUUCUAUGAUAAUGUCUGGUAUCUGCAUUAUAGCAGUUGUUUUAAGCAUGGUACUCGUACAUCGAACAAAGGUCGUCUAUGCCAACCUCUAUGGAAAAUCACGUACUUGACUCAUGGCAAGAGUAGCAAAAGGGGCAUUGUGAGUAUAGUGUUUGUCCAAUUUAUGUCGAUGUUCUGUAUACUUCAUCCGAGCUCAUGGAGAAGUUGCUCAUUUUUAAACCAUGUUUCUGAAAGUAUUUAUUGAGGGAGAGAUGGUAAAGCUUAGCAAUUCUCCAGAACACGCGACUCCAGAGGGGGAAGCAGAUGGAAUUUAGACACUGCUAUUUUCAGGUGCUCCACAACGUUUGCUAUAAUGUAUUGGAGUCACGCAUGGUUCUAUUUUGUAUGUUAAGGUUGUGUAUUUCUUUUCAUUCUGGUUUGGACAUUUAUUUGGUGUGGAAGUAUUGAAUUUGUUUCCCUAAAAGUUCUUUCCUACGGCUGUUGUUGGGACUUUUUGAGGAGGACGUGCUUUCUAUUUUUUCAUUCAUUAUUAACAAUGAAUUUCUUUAUUUGCUUACA